UUGCUUUGCUUCCUAAUGAUCAUCGACACAAUAUUUAAGUCCAGCUCGCCGCUGCUGCCAACACAGAGCGUCGAGUCUGCGGUGGAAGAGGGACCUCUGCUUCUCGUCUGUGAAAUGGCCUCGUUCGCACUGCGCUCGUGUUUUGUUCUGGCUGCGCUGCUGAUGGCAAGUUUUGUUUGUGGAACGGGUGCCAUUAGAGCAAAGCCUGGCAGAUGCCCCGAUCUCAAAUCCCCCGACAUACCUGGCAUCAAGCAUUGCCGUUCCGACCUCGACUGUCCACUCACCCUGAAGUGCUGUCCCGCUGGAGCCUCGGCUAGGAUAUGUAUUGAGCCUAAUCCUGACCUCCUCUGAUCGGCAACAGCCUCUCCAUUUCAACACGUGGCUCGUUGAUAGCUCCGCCGAUACAGAGAUGAGGUCAAAUGUGCUGUUACACAGUCAAGUGUGUUUCCUGUUUUUAUUGAGUAAUAAAACGUUAUUUGGAAUUUGCGCUGCU